AUGUCCGGUCCCAAGUCCCGUCUCUCUGGAUUGCUUGGCCACUUUCUUCCAUCACAUGUCGAUCAUGAUGUGAACAAAGUCUGCAACUACCAUACUCUCUCGCCGACCUUCUUUCUCCCGCGUGCUGCGGCAAUCGAGCCUGAGGCUGAAGCUAUCUACCACUUGACCGCGAACAACAAGGUUCUGCGGAGAAGCUAUAUCGAGACUGCUGACCGCGCUAGAGGCCUUGCCUAUUAUCUCAAAAAGCAUAAAUUCAAGCGCGUGGGCAUUUUAGCACCGAAUACACCUGCUUUCCUAGAGUCUAUAUUCGGCAUUGGGGCAGCUGGCUGCGUUAACAUAGCGGUGAACUAUCGGCUGAAGCCUGAGGAUAUUGCUUAUAUCUUUGCGCACUCUGAUGCCGACCUUAUUAUUGUCGAUGAGGAAUAUGUAUCUCUCCUUGAUCUAUUCAGGAGCGAGCAUCCGAAUAUCCCGCUAUUGAUUGAUACAGAUACAGACGCAACAGAGGGCCAGCUGAGUGGCCCUUUUGACGCUGCCAUUCUGGAAGGCUUGGGGUACGACAAAGAUACAGGAGCCAAAGGGUGGAAUGGGCUUGAGACUCAGGCCGCUGAUGAGAAUUCAACUAUUGCUCUUGCUUAUACAAGUGGCACUACCGCCCGGCCGAAAGGUGUUGAGUUCAGCCACCGCGGUUCAUAUUUGGCCGCGAUGGGAAAUGUCAUCGAAUCAGGGUUGAAUUAUCAUAUAGGCCGUUGUCGAUACCUCUGGACUUUGCCAAUGUUUCACGCAAUGGGAUGGACAUUCCCGUGGGCGAUUACAGUUGUCAGGGGUACUCACUACUGCUUACGGAAGAUUGACUAUCCUUAUAUCUGGCAGCUACUGAAAAACGAGCAUGUAACACAUUUCAACGCCGCCCCAACGGUCAACACGCUCUUGUGUGCAGCCAAGGAAGCGGAGAGACUUCCAGAUCCAGUCAGAGUUACUGUCGCUGCUAGUCCACCAUCAGCGCAUUUAUUUGAGCAAAUGACGAACCUCAACCUACAUCCAGUACAUGUCUAUGGUAUGACAGAAACCUAUGGUCCGAUCACGAAAGGCUACCAUAUGCCUGUGUGGGACACUCUCCCGGAUAAAGAAAAAUAUGAGAAAAUGGCUCGCCAAGGUCAUGGAUUUGUGACCAGUCUCCCGGCUCGUGUCAUCAAGACGGAUGUAAAGGGCAGCGCCAUCGUUGAUGUACAACGCAAUGGCCUUGAGCUAGGAGAAAUUGUUUUUGAAGGCAACAUCUGCGCUAAGGGCUACUAUAAAGAUCCAAUAGCCACAAGUAAGCUAUUUGAGGGCGGAGUGCUUCACUCCGGAGACCUCGCGGUUUGGCAUGCGGAUGGAGCCAUUCAAAUCAUGGACAGAGCCAAAGACAUCAUUAUUAGCGGAGGAGAAAAUAUCUCUUCCGUGGCUUUGGAAUCGAUGUUGGUUACCCAUCCAGACAUCCUCGAGGCCGGUGUGGUCGCUGUCCCAGACUCGCACUGGGGAGAAAGGCCCAAAGCAUUUGUCACAGUACAGUCAGGAAAGCAUAUCGAAGGGUCUGAAAUCAUAACAUGGGCGAAAACUGCGAGUGGCAUCAGCAAAUUUAUGGUUCCUCGUGAAGUUGAGGUUGUUCCCGAACUACCAAAAACUAGCACUGGUAAGGUCAAGAAGAAUGUCCUCCGAGAAUGGGCCAAGGGAGCGAACCGAGAGAUAUGA